CCAUACUGUGAAAAGCACUGCUGCGCAAGGGUGUCAUCGAAAGCGCAGAUCUGUGCGUAGAUCCACCACAGAUGGGGACUGCCUGCGCAAGGAUGCCCCUCCUGACGAGCAUUGGACGCACGUAUACAGAACGACACUGGGUCUUCACCGCCAUCAGAUCAAGCUUUCUGCAGACGAGGGAAGGCCGGGCAACCCACAGCUGCUCAGCUGUUAGACGACGAGCAGGUCCCAAGUGCCUGCACACCUGCCCUUCACAGCGCAUGGAACCAACUUGGUGUGGCAGAGGCUUCAGGACAGCUGGCAAUGCGCGGUAUGCGCAUGGGAUCAGGGCAAUGGGGACGGAAGCAGAUGAGGCGCCAAGGGUUGGGGACAUUGAUGUAAGGGCGCUGCAUGCGCUGCUGAGCGGUGCAGGGAACGCCGCGGACGAGGUGCAGCUGGUGGACGUGCGCGAGGAGGUGGAGGAGCGCAUUGCUGCGCUGCCAGGCUUCCAGCUCAUGCCUCUCAGCAGAUUUCAGGAGUGGGGACCUAUUGUAACUGAGAUGCUGGACCCGUCCAAGCCCACCUAUGUGCUGUGCCAUCAUGGCGUGCGCUCCUACAGAGCAGCCACCUUCCUGGCGUCCCAGGGGUUUGAGGACGUGAGGAAUAUAACAGGCGGCAUUGAUGCCUAUUCUCGGGAAGUGGACAGCUCAGUGCCGCUGUAUUGAAGUCGACAGUGUGCCAUGGAGGCUGACACAGCAGGCUUAUUAAUAGGUUGAAGUU